CUCACCGCCAAUAUGGACUUUGCGAAGCUGAUGUCAGCGCAAAUAAAAAAAGGGAAAGAGAGUGCUUCGUCUGCUCCUUCGAGCGAAAAGAAGUACCUCAAGCGCAGCGAAAUUGAGGCUCAAAGACAAGCCGCUUAUUGCGCAGAACAAGAGGCAGAAGAGAAGGCGCGUCAAGAAAGAUUGCAAAAGAAACGAAAAGCAGACGAAGAGGAGGCAGAGAGAGAAGCUGAAAGGCAAGAGAAGCGCAGACGGCUUGCUGAAGAAUCCAGGCGCAUAAGGGAGGAAGAAGAGGAGGCGGAAGAGAGGAAGAGGAGGAAAAGGCUAGGACUACCUGAUCUGCCACCGAAGCAGAAAGAUGACGACGAAGGCACACCGGUGCCCGAGGAGGAGAACAUAUCCGAAGAGGAGCUAAUCGAGAAACUACGGACCCUGAACGAACCUGUGCGACUAUUUGGCGAGACACACAAGCAACGUCUGAAGCGGUACAAGAAGCGCAUAGGCGCAGAUAGCUUGGCAGCGACCAUGACAGACGGUCCAAUACCCACAACCCUGCAACUUGUGCCAGAGAAGGACAUGAAAGUCGAGCUACAAAUACCGAAGGACACCGAAGGGCGAAAGUUCCUAUUCAGACAGCUGGCUAGCUACUUCACAAUGGUGCUCAAGGAAUGGGACAUAACACUGGCAAUGCGAGAUGCAGACGUCAAGGAGAGCUACGCGGGCAAGCAAGCAUACGCUGCUAUGGUGCAAGCACGAGAGAACAUGCGGCCCCUAUUCAAGAAGCUGGAAGAGUUUAAUCUUCCGGAUAGCAUUCUCCAGCCUGUCGUGGAAAUCGUACACGCGGCGCAAGAGCGACAAUAUGUCGAUGCGAACGACGGCUACCUCAGACUCAGUAUUGGCAAUGCUGCGUGGCCCAUCGGUGUUACCAUGGUUGGUAUCCACGAGCGAAGUGCACGAGAGAAGCUACACGAGAACGAAAACUCUGCACAUAUCUUGAGUGAUGAGAGUACAAGGAAGUACCUACAGAGCAUCAAGAGGUGUUUGAGCUUUGCGCAGACCAGGUGGCCACCAACGGACCAAAUGCAGCUCAUGGGCUAAGCCACAAGGUGAAGCAAGGUUGGGACGGAAGGAGGUCAAGAGCCAUUUUUCGCAUGCCGAGGAGACGAUAGCGCAUCUAAUCCCACAGCAUUUCUUGAUGUACACCAUGGCUUCUACGUAUCAAACCCUCACAGCUGAACCAACACACAUGCACACACAUUCUUACCCAC